GCAAAAGUGGGAAGGUCCCUGGCUUCCCUCACCUUGGGUAGAUGAAACGAAAGCAUCAGGGGCUGAGUUGAGGCGCAGCUGUGAUUUUGGGGUGCCUCUAUUGUGGAGGCGGCUGUGAUUUGAAAGCCUUGUUUCUUCGGGUGACUCAUUCCAAAGGCUGUGGAUGAAUUGUGCUGGGUACAACCCCUCCCGGCGGCUGCAGGCCUGGGGGGGCCUGGCUGGAGGUGCAGCACUCAUGGCCUUCUGGCUCCUUAGGCUACAGGAAUCAGCUCCUGGGGUUGCCCCAGUACCUCAGGCCAUGGUUACCAUUCUCAUCUGGCACUGGCCUUUCACCAACCGGCCCCCAGAGCUGCCUGAUGACACCUGCGCCCGCUAUGGCAUGGCCAGCUGCCGCCUGAGUGCUAACCGGAGCCUGCUAGCCAGUGCAGAUGUUGUGGUCUUCCACCACCGUGAGCUGGAGACCCGGCAAUCUCAACUGCCCCUGGAAAAGAGACCACAGGGACAGCCUUGGGUCUGGGCCUCCAUGGAAUCGCCCAGUAACACCCACGCUCUCCGUCACUUCCGAGGAAUCUUCAACUGGGUCCUGAGCUAUCGGCGUGACUCGGAUAUCUUUGUACCCUAUGGUCGCUUGGAGCCCCUCUCUGGGCCUACUCCCCCACUACCAGCCAAAAGCAGGCUGGCUGCCUGGGUAGUCAGCAACUUCCAGGCGCGUCAGCGCCGUGCUAAGCUGUACCGGCAGCUGACCCCUCAUCUGCAGGUAGACGUGUUCGGACGUGCCAGCGGGAGGCCCCUGUGUGCUAACUGUCUGCUGCCCACUUUGGCCCGGUACCGUUUCUACUUGUCCUUUGAGAAUUCACAGCACCGAGACUACAUCACCGAGAAAUUCUGGCGCAACGCGCUGGCAGCUGGUGCUGUGCCUGUGGUGUUGGGCCCUCCUCGGGCCACCUACGAGGCUUUUGUUCCGCCAGAUGCUUUUGUACACGUGGAUGACUUCAGUUCAGCCCGUGAGCUGGCUGUCUUCCUGGUCAGCAUGAAUGAGAGUCGCUAUCAUCGCUUCUUUGCUUGGCGAGACCGGCUCCAUGUACGGCUCCUGGGUGACUGGAGGGAACGCUUCUGUGCCAUUUGUGCCUGCUACCCUUACUUGCCUCGCAACAAGGUCUAUGAAGACCUCGAAAGCUGGUUUCAGUCUUGAACCCCUGCUUCUAGGAGAGGUUGUGUGGGUGGAAGACUGAUGUUGAAACCAAAGGGAUGGGUACCCAGCCACUCGGGUCACCACAGGACUA